GGACCGCCGGUCCCGCAGCUUUAGCGCCGGUGUGAGGAGAGGUUCGCCUGGAUUCGGACCGAUCCCGCGCUCGCUCAGGACCAGAGAUGGAGGCCAUCUAUGGGGAGAUGGAGGUGGAGAGCUGCUACACGCUUCUGGAACUUCCUUCGCCCAAGAAGAAACGCAAGAGCAAAGGCAGCGUGGAAAACUCCGAAAAACCCAAGAAGCCCAGGUCAGCGUAUCUGCUGUAUUACUUCGACGUGCAUCAGAGCGUCCAGCAGGAGCAUCCGGACCUGCCGCAGUCUGAGAUCAACAAAUGCAUCAGCGACAGCUGGAAGAGGCUGAACGUGGCGGAUCGAGGUUAUUACCUGGAGCGAGCGCGCAUGGAGAAAGACGGCAUUGACCCAAGCAGCCAAUCAGCAGCUGCAUCCUCUCAGGAUGUACCAGGUUUCCGCAAGAUCCUCCCGAGGGCGAAUUACGUGCUCCUGCCCAAGAGUUCAGCGGGAGGCGAACGGGUCGAGAGAGACGGAGAGACGGACACGCUGGCGGAUGGAGCCCCUCAGGCCGCGGCGCAGGAGACGCUGGUGUCCCCCAUGACUCUGGGCAGUGAGGUGGAGCUGGUGGAGCAGUGCAUCGCCGUCGAGGCGCUCAGUGAGGACGCACCAUCCCAGAAUGCCACUGAAAGACUACCAGCUCUCGGCCAGGAUGCUCACAAAGCCGCCGCUCUGCUUGUGAAGAGGGAGGAGUCUCGAGUGUCGUAUGGUGACAUUGGCAUGGCGAUAGAGAGUGGAAUGGAGGGCGGGGCUUUGAUGCCACAGAUCAAAUCAGAUGCCACUCAUCUAGUUGCUAUAAUACCCAAUCAGGGUAAAGUGAUUAACACAGCCAGUCCAAUUAUGAUGUUUCCGUUAGUGAGCAGUGUGAAACCAGAACCCAAACCCUCAUUUAAACUGCCCAUCAAAUACACACGGCGAGGACGGGGCAACUGCACCACACCCGGGUGUGUGUUUUCAUACGUCACCCGUCACAAACCGCCCCAGUGCCCUGACUGCGGCCAGCACCUCGGGGGGAAAUGGGUGGCACCUGCUAAGAGAAGCUCGGUCAAAACGUCUGACCCGUCUUCAGGAAAACAGUGUGACGAAUCCAAGCCUCAUCCGUCAGACCCUAAUGAGAUGUCAUCAAAAGACACAGAACGGACAGAAGAGCAGACAACCGCUUCCGUUAUUACUCAGAAAACCUCUUCAGAUAAAGCUCAGGACGGCGGGACUGCGGCUGCUCGCAGGGCGGCCCGUAGAAAGAGAGAGCGGGUGAAUGCAGCGUCAGCCCAACAAACACCUGAUAGAGCUGCUGUCAAAACAUCUGAUGGAGCGCAGAGCGCCGAAUGCACAGCUGUGCUAUCAUUGGGUGGUGGUCAAAUUCAGGUUGUCACAAGAGAAAAAGCCAGCAGUGCUUUACAGAAACGCCGGAUACGAGCUAUUCUUCCAGCUCCCGCACAGAAUAAUACGGCCGCUCAGUCUGCAGUGGUGCAGUGGAUCACGGUUCCUCCUGAUAAAGUCAAAUCAGACGCUACUGUCAUCAAAGCUGUGAAACCAUCAGCCAAUGAACACAUCGCAGGCCUGAAACCCAGCACCCUCAAACAGCUGGGUCACAUGAUCACACCCAGUGCCUUACAACAGAAGCCCAUCACGGUCAGCAGUAACCAGUACAUCAUCACAGACAACGGCAUCAAGAUCCUCUCCAUGCUGCCCCUCAAGAAGACAGCUGGAUCCUCCCUAGCUCUGGGUUUGUCUACAGCGAGAGGUCGCGGUCGAUGUAAGAAUCCCGCGUGUGAUUACGUCUAUAAGAACAGACACAAACCUCAACACUGUCCGACCUGCGGCUGUGAACUCACCAACAAACCCACCAAGAAGAACAAACUCACACCGUCCGCUGAGGAUGUGUGCUCUUCUGCGGUUCUGUGGGAUGCGUCUCAGCCUCUGAGCGGCGCUCAGAAAGAGCAGCAGCGUCACUCCACCGUCAGUCUGCUGCGCUCCUGUCUGCAGUUCCCCGAGAGCGAGAGCGAGCUACAGGAUGUCUUCAGCCUCAUACAGCAGCUCAACGGCCAGCAGAAGCACACCGAGGAGACCAGCGGAUGGCCGAGCUUCUACGAGCCGGCGGCCACGCACUGCAGUCUGUGUCAACAUCCACUGCUCAAAGGAAACCAGAGUUCGCUUGCGGGGUUGGAGGAAUGCUGGUUGUUGACGGAGUGUUUGAUUCGUCCCGUUACUCUACAGCUGAAAGUCUGUACGAAUCUCCAGUGUCUGGCCAUACACAGUUUCACAGACCUGCACCCGGGUCUGUUUAACGUGGGUAAUAAGCUGCUGGUGACGCUGGAUUUGUUCUUUAAGAUGAGACCUCAGAUCAGACUGGGCGAUGAACCUGCACACGCUGCUCUCAGUAUAAUCAAACACUCACUGACGCUCACAGACGGUGCGUUGAGCUCGGAUCAGCUGUCGUGUGUUCAGGACCUGUUCUGCAGCGGUUACUGGGCGUUUGAGUGUCUGACGGUUCGAGACUAUAACGACAUGAUCUGUGGCGUGUGCGGCAUCGCUCCCAAACUGGAGAUCGCGCAACGCAACUGCAACAACGUGUUACUGCUCAAAAACGUGGAGUUCACAUGGCCUGAUUUCCAGGCGACAGAUGAGGUCCACGUUGACGAGUUUUGGCUGACGAUGGAGAACGAGGCGCUGGAACAGGCAGCGUUUCCCUCCAGCUUUCCCAUCACACGCUUUGACGCCUCUAUCAUCGCCCCAUUCAUCCCUCCUCUCAUGAGAAACACCACCGUCAUCAACACCGAGAAAGACAAAAUCACGGCUGACAUACAGCUCAGAGGGGACCCAUCUGUUCUGGUACGUCUGAUCCAUGAGGGUCAUCUGAUUCCAAAUCAGAUGGAUCUGCAUAGUGAGGAGGAGCUCAGAGACGUGCUGGAGAAAUGUGGGAUUCCUGCUGCUGCAGACACUGAUAAAGUACACUGCCACACACACACACACACACACACACACACACACCUUAACUCUGCUAUCUUUAUGGAAAUUGUCCUCGCAGUGAACAUGUACACAGAUUUUAAAACGCCUGAUUGGCCGUUGAACUGUCAAUCACAUCUGUCUCCUCCCCUCUUUCAGUACGUCUCCUGCUCGGAGCUUCAGGACCAGCCGUACAGUUUGGAUCUGACAGCGACUGAGUCCAACCCUCAUCUGCACCCGCUCACCAAAUCCGCCUCUCGCUGGAUAGUGCGACCCGACAGACCGAGCGCUCUCCACGACGCCCACCACGCCAUCACCCUCUGCAAAGAGCUGGAGCCGUACGCCGGCGCCGUCGCAGAGAUCUGUGACAAACCCGAGGGUGAAACCAGCUUCGACGACAGCAGCGCAACGGCAUCUCGGCGGAAAGCUCUCGUGUUCGAGAACGCAGCGUAUUACUACCUCUAUAACCGCCUGCUGGACUUCCUGAGCAGCAGAGACAUCGUGAACCAGCAGAUCGCGGAGGUGCUGAGUGCCUGUCAGCCGGGGGAGGUGGUGAUGAUCAGAGACGCCCUCUACAGGCUGGGAGUCGCGCAGAUCAACUCGGACCCGCAGGAAGUGGAGGAGGAAACGGCUGACGGAGGACUGGACAAACACUCGGACGGAGGCGGGGUCGAGGGGGGGGUGCUCAUCUGA